CAUAAUGUGUCCCAAAUGAAUUAUUGCGCAAUAGCUAGCGAAGAGACGUGGCAUGAUAAGUAGAAAUAUCGCAUGUGGGAGACAUGCUUUUGGUCAUAUUUUUCUCCUUUUUAUUUCCGGCGGUAAACUGUCUACUGUGCCUCCAAUGUUCCGGCAUCAGCCAGCCGCGGCACUGUAAAACUGUUGUACAGUGCGACGUUGGUGAGGAGUGUGGUGUUGAAAGAAUAUCUUUUACAAAUGGCCAACAACUCUACAACGUCGGUUGCUUUGUCACGCAGGAAUGUGCUGGCAAUAUCACAGCCUCUGGUGAGUGCAGAGAAUGCUGUGGCAAGAAUUUGUGCAACGCUCAAGGAUGCGGGGAACCUGGAUACCCUGACACAAUGGGCCCAAUUUGUUACAACUGCCCGUUGCCUACAAACCCCAGUUCGUGCUCGUCGAUUGAGUUCUGUGAAGUUGGUCAGGUUUGUGAGUACGAUUUUCGCAGGGAAUUCGGGGACCUGGUAUACUCUGGACAGUGUGCUCACCGGCAGGUACGUACCAAAUGA